AUGGCGGGGAUGAUCGGAAACAAAACAUCGCUGCAAUCUCAAGUGUGCAUCGAUUUACCUCCCAAUGUACAUUCACAGGGCAUCAUAGUAGGUCUAAAUAAAAACGGUCCAGGAAUGAACUUUAGUCUUCCGGUAUUAGAGACGCAGAUCAUCCUCAUUUUCGCCUUCACCCAAGCCUUCCAUUUGAUUUUGAAGAAGUUUGGAAUUCCCAAGUUCACCAGCGAGAUUCUUACGGGUAUAGUCUUAGGCCCUUCGCUGAUAGGAGCCUCUAAGGCAUUCAAGAAGGACAUCUUUCCUCGUGACAGUCGAGCAAUACUUGAAGUGCUGGGUGAAAUUGGUUAUGAACUCUUUUUGUUUCUAGUUGGAGUAAGGAUGGACCUGGAAUUGAUAAGAAGAAGCGGCCGCAAAGUCUUCUUCACUGGUAUUUUGUGCCUGUUGGCCCCUUUGAUAACCGGUAUGGUCCUCCAAAAACAGCUCAUGUCCAUGACCUCUGUGUUCAAGCUGACCAAAGCUCAAAAGUCUAAGCUUCCUUAUACAACGACAUCAUAUUGCAUGACUUCGUCUCCCGUCAUUGUUCUCCUUCUUGAAGAACUGAAUAUCCUAAAUUCCGAAAUCGGUCGACUAGCUGUGGCAGCAUCAUCAAUCAGUGAAUUAUUCGGUACUUUGGUUAUCUGGUUCUCUUCCGUAUUGUACAGAAUGGCAAAAGUGAAACCUGUGCAUGAAACUUUACUAGUUUUCGGAGCAGUUGUCGGCGGCAUACUAGUAUUUCUGUUCAUAUUCCGACCAAUAAUGUUUUGGAUCAUCAGGCAGACACCGCAAAACAAUCCUGUUAAGAAAAGCUAUGUCAGUGCCAUAAUCGUGGUGUUACUUUUUGUGACGAUAGUAUCACAUUAUUACGGCCAUACUUUUCAUUUCAUGAUUUUCAUUUUGGGUCUGUCUGUCCCGGCUGGACAACCUUUGGGAUCAACUCUAGAAGAAUUGCUCCAUAUCUUCAUUUCUCAAGUGCUUCUACCGAUUUAUGUGACUGCAUACACAAUGAAGGCAGAUUUUCGGUUGGUCGAUUUUAGUGACCCGGCCACAAUAAUCACUGCUAUCCUCUUCGUUUUCAUUUUUCUGGCCAAACUUAUAGGCACCAUGGUUGCUCCACUGUAUUAUAAAAUGCCCCUGAAUGAUGCAUUUGUGCUUGCUCUCAUUCUAAGCUCCAAAGGCCUUGUUCAAGUUUCCGUCUAUACUCGAUUCAAAGACGAUCAGACUGCAAGUGACUCAAUAUUUGCUUUGACGCUUGCUAGCAUUGUGGUGACUGCAACUCUUGUUCCCCUUAUCGUGAAGCGCCUUUAUGAUCCUGCAAAGAAGUACACAGCCUACGGAAGAAGGGAUAUUAUGCAUUUGAAACCCACUGCUGAGCUCAAAAUUGUUGCCUGCAUUCACAGGUCAGGUAACAUUCCUGCAAUCAUCAAUCUACUUGAUGCAGCAUGCCCAACUAAAGAAAACCCCAUUGAUAUCUAUGUUCUUCACCUCAUGGAAUUAAUUGGAAGAAGCUCCCCAGUUUUUAUCUCCCACCAAAUGCAGCAAAAGAGUAUUUCCAAUGCUUACUCGGACAAUGUCGUUCUUUACUUCAAUGAGUUUGUGAGAGAAAAUCUUGGUGCUGUUACUUUAAACAUAUUCACAGCAAUCUCUCGACCAAAAUACAUGCAAGAAGACAUAUGUACACUUGCAAUGGACAAGCAAACAUCCCUAAUUGUGCUCCCGUUUCAUCGAACAUGGGCAAUUGACGGGUCCAUUGAGUCAGACGACAGUGCAAUAAGGACACUAAAUCGCAAUGUACUCGAAAGAGCUCCUUGCUCUGUGGGAAUCCUUGUGGACUGUGGCCAUUUAGGACGGUCCGCAUCUGUUGUGGCUUCGGGGCGAUCAUUUUCCAUGGCUGUAAUCUUCUUCGGUGGGCAAGAUGAUAGGGAGGCAUUAUCAUUUGCAAAAAGAAUGGCUAGUGACACGAUGAUUAGCUUAACUGUGAUCCAUGUAGUUGCCAAAAAUAAUGUUACCGGUGGGGAAUGGGAUAAAAUACUUGAUACUGAAAUGUUGAAGGAGUUUAAACACAGUCAGAAGGGUGAAGGUUUUGCGAUUUUUUUAGAGGAGGUGGUGAAAGAUGGACCAGAAACAACAGUACUACUGAAGUCUAUUGUGGAUGAGCAUGAUCUGAUUAUAGUUGGGAGGAGGUUUCAGGUAGAGUGCCCUCAGACUGCAGGACUUGCAGAAUGGAGUGACUUUCCCGAGCUAGGGACUAUAGGAGACCUACUUGCAUCACCUGAUCUAAAUUGUAAAGCUUCAAUUCUAGUGAUAAAACAUCAACAACAGGUCACUUAA